AUGGCCGCUCGAAUGAACGGAUUGGACGAGGUCCGCAGACUGGAAAAGACCGUGGGAGACGGCGGCACGGCGCUGUCGCAGGCGGAGGCCGAGAUCCUGAGCCGCAACUCGCAGUCGCAGGCGAACCUGGACGAGGAUCAGCUCGACGCCGACCGGCUGGCAAGGAACCUGCCCGAGGUGAGCCUACGCUAUGGUGUCGGCCCGGUUCCGCCGGACAACGAAAAGGUGUUUUUCUUCGACAUCGACAACUGCCUUUAUAAGCGCUCGACCAAGAUCCACGAUCUGAUGCAGGUCUAUAUCCAUCGGUUUUUCAAAGAGCAUUUGCAUUUAAACGACGAGGACGCGCACGCGUUGCACAUGAAGUACUACAAGGAGUACGGGCUGGCGAUUGAGGGGCUGGUGCGACUGCACAAGAUCGACGCUUUGGAGUACAACAAGGUGGUGGACGACGCUCUUCCUCUGGACAAGAUAUUGCGCCCUAACCCCAAGUUGCGCGAAAUGCUGCUGCGGAUCAAAAGGGCGGGCAAGGUAGGCCGGCUGUGGCUGUACACGAAUGCAUACAAGAACCAUGGACUGCGCGUGGUGCGGCUACUGGGCAUUGGAGAUCUGUUUGACGGCAUUACAUUCUGCGACUACGCCAAGUUCCCGCUCACGUGCAAGCCGAUGAAGGAGAGUUUCGACCAGGCAUUGCGCCAGGCCGGCGUGAUCGACCCCAAAAACGCAUAUUUCGUCGACGACUCGGGCCUGAACGUGGUGGCCGCGAAAAAGUACGGCUGGGGCAAGGUUAUUCAAUUUGUCGAGCGCGACGAGGACAUGCAGGAGCUGGCCGCCGGCUCGCAGGCCGAGCGUGAGGGCAUUAUUGUUAUCCGGGACAUUUUAGAGCUCGAAAAAGUGUGUCCCGAGCUCCUCAGUCGGUGA